CCCCGCCGCCGUUUCCGCCGGGGGCGCGGGCGCAGGCGCAGCACCGGGCCGGCGGCGCGGACGCGGGCCAGGAUGGUGCUGGACAGUGUGGCCCGCAUCAUUAAGGUGCAGCUCCCCGCCUACCUGAAGCGGCUGCCCGUGCCCGAGAGCGUCGCCGGCUUCGCCCGCCUCACGGUUGCAGAAUGGCUCCGGCUGCUGCCUUUCCUCGGCGUGCUGGCGCUGCUGGGCUACCUGGCCGUGCGCCCGUUCCUGUCCAAGAAGAAGCAGCAGAAGGACAGCCUGAUCAACCUCAAGAUUCAGAAGGAAAACCCCAAGGUGGUGAACGAGAUCAACAUCGAGGACCUGUGUCUCACCAAGGCCGCGUACUGCCGCUGCUGGCGCUCCAAGACGUUUCCUGCCUGCGACGGGUCACACAAUAAGCACAACGAGCUGACGGGCGACAACGUGGGCCCGCUGAUCCUGAAGAAGAAGGAGGUGUAGCCGGGCGACCCUGGAGGAGGCCGCCCAGCCGAGCGGGCGCCGGGACGCCUGCCCGCACUCCGGGCCGCGCCGUCCGAGCACCAGCGCUUCCCCGUGGGGCUUUCCCGAGGCCGUCUUAAUCAUUGUUACUGGGUAGUAGUUGAUUCUGCCCAUUUAUUUUCUUGCUACACUACUGUUUAUAUUUGAUAAUUUGUAUAUUCAACUAGUCCUUUAUAUAGAAAUUGAAUUGUGCGCUCCUUUUAUUCUCACAUCAAAGAAUUAGUAGGCCUUCCUGCAAUAAAACCAACAGGUCCAAAGGAGUCCGAGUACCGGGCUUGUGGACAGAACCUCA